AUGGAGUUUAAGUGUUUUGCGGUCGUUCUUUUAGCAGUGAGCGUAAAUUGCCGAGUAACAUAUCCGAAGCUUGAAGACUUGCAAUCGCAGGGAUCAUUUGCUCAAGCAAUCCAUCGGCCGGUUCAUCAUUAUGUACCCGAAGAACACCAUGUAGAUUAUUACGCUUACCCGAAGUACGUGUUUAAAUACGGUGUCAACGAUUUUCAUACAGGAGAUAUUAAAACGCACCAUGAAAGUCGCGAUGGGGAUGUGGUCACAGGCCAAUACAGCGUGGUAGAACCAGAUGGCGCUAUCCGCACUGUGGACUAUACAGCAGACAAACACAAUGGUUUCAAUGCUGUUGUCCAUAGAACUGCACCUAUUUCGCCUCAUGAAGCCCAUUUUGUACAUUAA